AUGGGUUCAGCAGUUCAUAUUCGAGACAAUUUUCUCCCGCCUCAAGCGCCCCGCACAGCUCGUGCACGAAAGAUCGACUUUGCAACGUCGGUCCCGCCAUUACCUAAAUACCGAGAUCUGUUUGCCACGGUAAUCGACGACGUUCUCACGGAUGCUGAAUGUCAGGAGAUGAUCCAACUGGCCGAAGCCAGCUCAUCGAAUAGCUGGGAGCGAGCCCUGAUCAACAUUGGGGGUGGCAAGCAGGCGUUGGCGACGGACACGCGAAACUGCGGGCGUAUCAUAUGGGACAGCCCCGUGCUGGCCCAGAAGCUGCAGGACAGGCUGAUGCCUUUUCUGCGCGAGUUGGAAAUCGAUGAGUUCACAGAUCGACCGCGCGUCACCGGUCUUGCCGGACGAGGGAAAACAUAUCAUCUGACUCGACUCAACGAGAGACUGCGUUUCCUUCGAUACGAAGGAGGAGAAUAUUUUCGGCCGCAUUGGGACGCCAAAUAUCGAGCCCCGGACGGUGACAUCUCAUACUACACCAUUCACCUUUAUCUCAACGGCGAGGGAGACCAGGAUGUCGACGAGUUGCUCAAGGCCCAGGAGAAGGGAGAAUCAAAUCCCGCCCCAACAGGCAAAUUGCUGGGUGGCGCCACAUCAUUCAUGCCCAGCUAUGAAGACGCAGCCAAUCAAGUUCGGGUCUUCCCACGAACGGGGUCGGUUCUGAUCUUCCAGCAGAAUGAUUUACUCCACAGUGGAGAUCCGAUCUUCAAGGGAACUAAAUAUACGAUGAGGACCGACAUCAUGUAUCGUCAAUCAUAA